AUGCCUGAGGAGAACGAAGGCAGUUUGAGUGUUCAGAAUACCAGGAGCACUUUGCCACCAGACAAGAUUUUGCGAUCAAUGGUUGAUACAAGUUUGCUGAAAAAUCCAAGCUUCUUGUUGAUUGCAGUUACUGGCUUCCUUACACUUUGCUGCCUUUUCGUUCCAUUCAUUUUCCUUGGCAAACAGGCAAGUUUGGUGGGUGCAACACCAGCACAGCAAUCAUACUUAGUGCUGUCAAUGGGUCUUGUGAAUAUCAUUGGUCGAAUAUUUUGUGGACUAAUAUCUGAUCUUCCAAGUGUUGAUGCUCUGGUUGUGCACAAUAUUGCAGUGAUCGUUGGUGGCGUGGCGACUUGUUUGGUGCCGUUAUUGACGCAGUACUGGAUGUAUAUCUUAUACACCAUACCGUUUGCUUGGGGCGUUGGUAUGUUCAAAAUUUAA